AUGCCUCCGGCAAAUGACACCCCGCACGAGACGCCUCAGAAGCACAACUUUCCAGCGAACUAUUCAGAUGGCGGCUCAUACCGGCGAAGGGGCGUCGCAGUGAGCGAUGGUCGACCGAGUGGGGAGCUGGAGGGGAGUACGUUGGGGAGUGGCUCUCGCGAUGGAGAUCGAAGGACUCCAGCUCAGCGCAGGACCCAAAGCUCUGGUGGAUUCUUGCUGGACUCGUUACCUCGUUCAAAGAGCUUGAGAAUACCCUCGCACCACGCCAGGUCAUCAGAGUCACCCACGGAGAAACGAAGCGUCCCCGAACCCGAUAUCGUGGUAGCUAAGAAGCGAUCGCGCUUCCCAUGGAGUCGACAUAAGAACUCGCCUUCUGAGCCGGCGAACGCUGCUGCUGACAGCUCAGAACCAGCAUCCAAACAACAAGCUUCCACGACCUCCAACGAUGACCGACAAUCUAGAACCUCGUCGCAGGCCGAGUCCGGCCCAAAUGAAACUGCUGAACAGGCUGCGCCGGGGUUGGAUAGGGACUCUAUACAAAUUGUCAACCUGGCAUUGAAUCUCAAUGAAUCUAGAAGGCGGAAUGUAUCCGGGUUGCCCUUGGCGUCAGGAGGGCGGAAACCACUAUCUAUAGCUCAACCAGCUCCAGGGCCUAUCGCUCAACACAUGCCACUGCCGGGAACACAUGGGUCUCAGCGGGAUUCUUCAUACCAUGAUCAUAAACAAUCAUCUGCCACUGAUCUUUCGCCAAAACCCGGUCAAUCACCAGUCAUUAAUUUAUUGCCCGCCGCAGUGCGGAAUGACCGCCGUGCCUACGAGUUCUCCGAGAGCACUCUCGCUCGUGCAGAACGAGCUCGGCGUCAUUUUGAACUAUUUGAUCAGUACUUGCGAUUGUUGCCUUCGUUACCCCCGCUUCGAACUCCUUCAGCUGCAAAGGAAAGCGACUCUCUACACUCCAUGAGUUCUACCACCACACCCAUGAACCGAGACUAUAAUCCGCUGCAAAUGAUUCGCAACAGGAGGGUCCGCUAUCGCGAAAAGUGCCCAAUUGACGCGGAGGCAGAGGGCUGGCAUAAUGUUGAAAAAGUCCACGACUGGGUUAGUGCCAUUGAGGACAAAUAUAGUCAUAGGACACUCGACUCAACACAGUCUGUUAAGCUCCCUUCUUUUCAACAUGGCCAAAGAAGAGCCUCUCACUGCCAGAAUGAGGAUUGGGAUGUGACUACCUCUCCCUCUGCCAGUCUACGACGCGUCAGUCGCACCAAUAGCAUCAAGGCUCCUCGACUGCGUAUGGAUUGGAGAGUUACCCCAGAGGAACUUCUGGCCGAUGCGGCCUGGGCAGAAGAUAUUGAAAACAAGACGAAGAUUGUCGAUAAAGAUGGCAACCGGCUCUACCCAGAUUUGACCGAGCUGGAGGUGGUGGAUCCCAGUGCAGAGAGACAACGACUGUCGGUCGAAACCGGACAUACCCAAGAAGAUGGGCAGGCAUCGCGUCAAACCUCGUGGUCAAGUUCUCGCCCUGCACAAGCACACGAGUUCAAAAGUGUUGGACGAGGCCGCAACAGAAGUAGAUUUCACACCCACUCCCAUGGCGCACGCAGCCGAAGCGGCUCAAGCUCGCGCAAGCAUUCACGCUGGGAUAAGGUGCGGCUACGCUCGGGCAGUGCUUCAAGUGAUUCUAGUCCUGACCGGCGCAAGUCUUCGGAACGCAAACAUCGGAUUUGGGAUCACACACGCAAAAGCUCAGAGUUAUUUUCCGAAAGAGACAAACGAAACUCCUCCGGCUCGCGGGUAUCUCGGGGCAAAUCACCAGCAGCCGGUCUGCACUCCGAAAAGAACAAAUCCCACAUGUCCGACCCUCUUUCCAUUAAUACAAAAUCAAGUCGGCCGCACAGGAAAUCCUCAUUCUCUUCGGUCGGCAGUAUAGAUGAUCGAAUCAAUCCCAGAAUGUCGAUGGAAGGAAUGGAUAGCACUGCUCCUAAUUCUCCAGCCAAUGCCAGCUACUUCCCCAGCAUAGCUGUCAAUCUAUCUCCUCCUUCUAGCCGGUCCCCCUCACCAGCCAAAAAGGGCCUUCGACACAAGAUUGUGGCUCGGCACGAGCGAAGCAAGAGCAAACACGGUGACAGAGAGCUCCGAGAACACGGCGAUGAGAGCCUAGAUGUGAUCUCUGAAUCGCAUCACGUCCUGACACCACCUUCCGAGUAUGCCGAGCACGCUGCGAGUUCAUCAAAGCUAGAGCCCAGUCCACUGCCAGAUGUUGUAUCCUCCUCGUACUUUGACGAGCAUGGUAUGACCGACGGCCAACGCACUGACAGUUUCCCCAGAGGAAGAAAGGGCCAACACCUCCCAGAAUCCAAGCUGCGCGGCAUUUUCAAGGGACCAGGUCGGAUAGCUGAGCUUGUCGGCAACGAAGUCUCCAAGGUUGGUGAUCUUGUAUUCAAGAAGGACCAGGGCAUGGACUCUCGCAAGUCAUCAUCUGCAUCCACCAUUGCUUCAGACUCCAGCGAUUCCGAGGACGAUGGAAAGAAAAUGGACAAGCGAUAUGGUCCGAAGGGACUGCUACGACGCUUGCCAAACAUUGGCGAUGAACCUGGCCGCCUUGCUCGCCGUGACUCUGAUAAGGGCACGCCUAAUAGAAGUUUCAUGGGUUCGCUGCCAAAUUUCACGUCGCCUUUGCGACAGGAUGAGCGGAAUGAAUCGGCCGAUGCCAUUGAGUAUGGCACUAGCUCACACGAGCGUGCCUCCGCGUCCCGAAAAGAAGAUGACCAAGAUACUCCACGAAGACCCGGUCUCACUCGAAGCAGAACAUUGGACUUCAGCCCGACACUGGGCUCAAACCGCAGUCGUGUGAAGCGACAUGAUAUCAGAGAUCAAUCUGUUCCCUACAGCCUCACCCGACCACCCGUAACUGGCCUCGCGCAAGCGCGAGCAUCACCAGGGCCUGCAAAGGCCGGACGGCCCAGCCUUUCAAGCGCGACUCGCGCGUGGAGUAUAUCAGAUCGCAGUCUGUGCACACUGAAUGACUCCGGCGUUCCUGGCAAAACCGAAGUGGAACGUACCAGAGCUCUCCUCUUAUCCUCUGGUAUCAAAGCCCGAGAGAUCGCGCGACGAGCCCACAGCGUCCGCGACCCACCUCCACACUGGCUUCAAAAUGCCUUCGGCCCUAAUGCAUCUGUCCCCCGCGUCGUCCGGAUCGGCGAAUUUGACCUCGCUGCGCAAACUCUCCUCCGCCGCUUUGAAAACACACAGUAUUCUUUCCAACAAUCGAUGCACCACUUCACCACAUCCACCUCGGCCCCUCUCCGCUCCCAACUCAAAGAACUCGAGACCUUGGUCAAUCAGUCCCUCACUCCGCGCGUCCGAGCAACAGCCGAUGAUGCAGAGAACAUGUGCGUCCAACUGAACACUACCAGCACCCUUGCCGUGAAGUCACUCAGCGACGCGCUAGACCGUGGUCUUCGAAAGCGCCGCCGCCGCUUCCGCUGGUUGCGUCGGACUGGCUUUGUGGUCCUGGAGUGGACGCUCGUUGGUGUUUUGUGGUGGGUGUGGUUGAUUGUCAUGGCAUUCAAGCUCUUGCGUGGUGUCUUCCGCGGAACCAUUUCCAGUGCGAGGUGGAUUCUGUGGCUGUAG